AUGCGAGCUUUGCGGCGGCUUAGACCACGUGCUGUUAAGACGGCUGGCGAGCAUGAAAGCGGGAGCGGUAGCGUCGAGGGAGGAGGGGAGACGAGUGGAGUAGAACCUGUAGCUCGGGAAGGGCUGGGGGCGGAAGGGGGGUUGUCAGCUGUUGGCUCGGGACGGCGAAGCAGGCGCCGAAGCAGAACCAGUGGUUCGGAUGAUUCCUGUUCGGGAAAAGAGGAACCGCGAGGACCAGGAAGUUCGGGGAAGACGGGAACCGUUGGGCGGCGCAAGUGGCUGCCGAAGGAGCCUGGAGUAGUGCAAGGCGUGAAAGUGGAUCCUGAUGAUCGAACGGUUGAGAAGCACCAGGGAGAGGCAGAUCAACGGUCAGGAUGGGAGGCAGCGCAAGAGCCGCUCGAGGCUGCGUCGUUUAGCGACGAUGAUGAGUCAUUCAGGGGGAAAAGCGGAACCGGAGAGGUCGUGAGUGAGAUAGCAGAGGCGGCUGAAUACCGUCGCAUGGAGCGAAGCUUCGGGGAACGAGCGCAGGAGAUGGAUCCGGAGGAGCUUAGGCUGGCGAGGCAGCGGGUGGCCGAUCUUAUUCGUGCCGGGGAUGACGUGGAACAGGAGAUUGUGCGGCUGGGCAGGGAGGGCGCGCUGAACGAUGCGCUUGUCCUUGUGAUUCAAAACCGACUCAACUUCGCCAGGCACGAUGCAGAGAGGGAGGCGCAGCAAGCCACACCCGCCCUACGCCUCCUCAACACCCUCCUGCACCUUGCCGAUGACCUCAGCGCUGACAUCAGCACCUCCGGCUAUGACCAAUGGCAGCGCGAGGCGCGCGAUGCCAUGAGGGCAGUGUUUCUGCCGGAGGACCCGUUCACGGUGGUCAUGCCGAUGGUGAACGGCACAGACGCUCCAUCAGCAUCAGCCCCAUGGAAUGACCUCGGUGGUACGGCUGAUUUGGGCGCAAGCAUGGGUGGUGAGAGCACGCUUCUUCGAAUCGACUUUAUCCGGGAGCUGGAGGAGCUUUUAGAAAUUGUUGAAGCUGAUGCUACAGCUGCUGCUGAGGUUAUCACCGAAACUUUCAACUUCCCCCUUGACGGUCCAACAGAAUUAGAAGUUAACGGCAACACAGUUAUUGAGGAAGAUGGGGGUUCAUGGGGCAACCUCGAUGCCGACAGAGUGGCAUUGAAACUACGCCUAGAGGAGCGAUUUCGUAUUAUCAGCCGUGUUAGAGACCUUCAGAGGAUUGCAGCUACUUUAAAUCUAUAA